AUGAGCGACCUGUCCACUAGCUAUAAGCUUCAGCCUUUUUUACUCUUGUCAAAAUCGGUCAAGGGAUCAGCCAAUGCAAAGUUGAUCAGUGAUGCGUUGGCAGCACCUGGUGUAUACGUCUUUUCAGAGUUAGCGCAGGCACCGAAUGUGAUGGAGGCAUCAACACUGCCCGAGGUAGCACCUUAUUAUGCUUUGCUCAAGAUAUUUCUUUAUGGAACGUAUAAGGAUUAUUCAGCACAACAACAACAGCUUCCACAAUUGAAUCCUACACAAAAAGCCAAGUUGAAGCAUUUAUCCAUUGUAUCACUUUCUGAGACGAGCAGGACACUUCAAUACACGCUAUUACAAGAAUAUCUCGAUAUACCCAAUGUCCGUGAGCUUGAAGAUUUGAUCAUCGAUACAUUCUAUCAAGGCAUCAUUGUCGGCAAACUCGAUCAGCGAUCACAGCAAUUGAUAGUUGAAACUACCAUGGGUCGUGAUGUUUUGCCGGAACAGCUGGAUCGCACCAUGCAAGCACUUGAAGAUUGGUCCACUCAAACACGCCUCGUUCUGGAAUCCAUUGAUAAUCAAAUUCGAGAAGCGAAUGACGCAUUGAAGAACAACCAGAAUGAACGCCAAGAAUAUGACAAUCAAGUUGAGCAAGUACGUCGUUCCAUUCGUGCGAGAAAAGACAACAUGGAAGAUGUUGCUUCCUCCUUUCCUUCCGAUCCAGCAAACAGCAAUGUACGUGGAAGGCACCAACCUAUGGCUAUCUAUGGAGAAGAAGAUGCAUCAGGAAGGGCCAAAAAGAGGGGCGUGAAAAGAUUCAUGGUAGGACGACCUUAG